AAUGUUGGCAUCUGCAUGGGAGUUUGCAAAAAGAAAUAAAGGAAAAAUUAUUGCCGGAGGAGUACUGGUUGGAAGUGCAAUUGCCUAUGUUCAGUCAUCGUCCAGACCGAAGACGUUGGAAAAAGUUUCCACUUCUUCAGAAUUACCGAAUCAGGCUCGCAGACAUUACAUAUUUGACUCAACACAUCGAUCAUGUGAUCAAUCUAUCACCGACCUGAUUCCUUCAAUUGUGACUCAAAUUCAAGCCAGAUUUGAUGUUGAAAGCAUUCAAGAAAAAUUACAAAAUACUCCUGAUCUUACUGCUGAACAGAAAAUGCAACUGUGGGAACAGCUCAAGAAAAAUGCGUUCUGCCGAAUCGUCUCUGUUGCUUUCGGAUUUUCAAUUCUCACACUCACACUAAAAGCACAAAUUUCAAUACUUGCUGCCGACACAUGUUCACAAUUUGAGCAGAGAAAUAAGAAGCCAACAUGGCAGAACUACAUACCAGAGUCAAUGAAUUCAAUGUGGAACUCUAGAACUGGCUCAAAUGGAUUGAGUCCAACAGACAAUCCAAUGGAUGUUGGAAAUCGACGCAUUUUCUUGCAAUGUGUUCAAUAUUUCACUCUACGAGGUAUUCCCGAACUUAUGGAGUACGUUGCUGAAGCAAUUCCAAACGAAUUGCAAAAUUGGAAACUAACGGAUAUCAAAUCAAAAACAGAAAUGAGGGACUUUUUUGAUAGAGUAUCAUACCGAAUUAGUUUUAAUGGACUUUUAACUAAACUGGUUGCGCCAUUGGAUGGGGACGGGCAGGACAACAGCUCGUCUGUAAUGAAACUUCUGCAAAAGCUGACAACAAAUCUUGAAUCAAGCAAAAGCAUACAUGUACUGAAUAGCUUGCUCGAUUUCUACUUCUCAGCUGCACUGAAGAUGGUAGAAAACGACGAACAACCCUUGGUCAAAUAUGUUCCAGCAUUUUCCAAUUCCUUCCCAAUUCUCACAUCAACUGCUUUCGAUAGCCCACUCUUCAAUUCCUUGUAUUCCUCCGAUAUUCACCAGUUUGCCGUUUACGUUUUCAAUUCCUAGCCAAAACUGAACUAGCUUUACUAUAUUUUUUGACCGGACUGAUGUUUUUGUCUAUAAAACCGUUGCAAAAUGUGAAUUUAACUAUUUCACAAAUAUUUUUUCUUUGACUAAAGUUACAUUUUAACUAGCUUUUACGAGUUUUUCCAAAAAUUUGAUUCAUUUAAAAAAUUAAUUGCUACUAUUACCAUUGAAGUAAAAUCAUUGUAUCUUGUUUUUCUAUAACCAAAUAAUGAAAAUUUGAAGCUUUGUAAAGAUAGAAAAA